AUGAAUAAAAUCAGUAUUUAUUUAUCACCAAUAAUUCUUAUUGCAUUUACUUCAUUUGUUAUUGGAUCUUUACUCUAUGAUCAUUAUCAACGUGGAUAUUCAUUUACUAGUCGUUCAUCAAAUGAAACUAUAUUUAUUGAACAAGCUUUGAAAAGAAUUUCAAGAUGUAAUGAAGAAGAUCAUUUACGACAACGAGCUCUUCUCUAUACUCUUCAAACAUGGAAUAAUCUUGCUCAAUCAUAUCAUCUUCAAUAUUGGAUAGCUUAUAAAACACUUGCUGCUUAUAUUCAAUAUAAUGAUUUAUCACCUUAUGAUAAUGAUAUAGACAUAUUUAUAAUGUAUCAAGACAUACCAAAACUACUUAAUCUAAGUAAUGCAAAUUAUUCAUCAACUUAUGAACUCGAAAUUCAUCCACAAUGGUUUAUAACUGAAGUUUUUAAUCGAUCUUAUACUCCGUCUGAUAUAAUUGGUUUUACUAUACAGAAUGCAAGAUUUAUCAAUCAUGAUAAUAAUGUAUCAAUAAAUAUUUGGCCUAUCUAUAAAUAUUAUAAUAAGCAUAUAUUAUUAUUUGUUGAAUAUUCUGAUUUUGAUAAUUUGAUUUUAUCUCCCAUAGAAUGGACAUUUCCAUUAGAACCAUGUGUUUUUAGUGGUAUUAAAAUAUGGUGUCCAGCACAACCUAAAAAACUCACUACUACACUAUACAAACAAACAUCGUUAUAUGUAUCUUGUAUCAAUGGUUCAUGGAUUCGAUCAAUUUCAAUAGAAUAG